AUGGCUGUGAAAAAGCGCGUUCCUCUCCCUGAUCAUCCGCCAUGUAGAAGAAGGUCUAUGAGUGCUACAGGCCCUCAGCCAACAAGAAAAGAACAAGCGAAGCAACUCCCACAGAAGCGCAAAAGAGGAAGAUCAAAGGCUAUUACGAGUUGCGAGAGGUGCCGGCAAGCACAUAUAAAGUGUGUCUCACAAGGCCUAGGAGAACCCUGUGUUAACUGCGCAAAGCGAUCGACGCGAGCUUGUAGCUUCAUGCAGCGUCUUAGCGAAACCGAUCUUAAUCCGCCAGCCGAUCAAAAGGAACAUCCUUUGCAACUGCCCCUAGAUCAUAAACUACAAGUACUUGCAACUUCUGCUCUCGCUUAUAUGGAAAGACAACUAUUACACUUGAGUGUUGAUGCUACAACAUCCUUGCCACCAGCAUAAGCUUUAGAAGCAUACUAGGUACCCUGUUUUUCUGAUAAUGUUUGAAUAUAUCAGCAUUCUAGAAAUAACGGGAGUAGAAGCCAAGUAUGAAUGCAAGGGGUAUUUAAAAUAGAAAACGAGAGGCUCAAUGUGCUGUGAUAAAAAAUGUUGCAAGCUAUGAUUCGUUAGUAAAGCUUCAGCAGGUACUAUGCCCGCCGGGCGCAUGCUCCACUAUCGGAAUAGGUUAUACACUAAUUACC